CCAAAACACACGUUCACACACACACACAAACACUCAAGCACAGGGUCCCAGUGGUCCGGCAUGGAGGUGCUGCCGCUCACUCUGAGCAGCUGAGGCGGAGCAGCCUGGAUGGAGAGCCGCAGUGUGCUGGAUGGAGAACCUGCGGAUUGACGGCGUUGUUCUGCACUGACUGGAAACAAGGUUGCUUUACUAUGGAGUUUGGAAGACUUUGGUCCAGAUAUCAGAGGACGGUGCUGAUCACUGUGAUGAUGUUCAAACUGGGUCUUCUGUGCACAGUGGCAGCAGACAACUGUCUCUCAUCUCCCUGCAACAAUGGUGCCACAUGUCUUGAACACCUGGAUGACUAUGUGUGUCUGUGCCCCAAAGGACCAGUGUGGUACAUGGGCAAAAACUGUGAUGAGCUAUAUGAUCCCUGUAUUUCUGCUCCUUGUACCAACUGUACAAGCACACUCGGGACAGACGAGUUCCGCUGCCUCUGUCCAGAUGGAUUCACAGGGCUAAACUGCACCCAGGAUGUAGACGAAUGUUACAGCGAACCUUGCAAUGGUGUCAAGUCCUACUGUGCCAACAGAAUCAACGGAUAUUCCUGCCACUGUCCCGAGGGCUUUGGAGGUGAUGACUGCCAGGUUAAUGUGACCACUUGUUCAGAGGAAACAUGCCAGAAUGCUGGUACCUGUUUAUAUAUCCCUGACACCGGGCACCGCUGCCUGUGUCCUGCCGGGUACCAGGGGACGAACUGUGAGGAGAACACCGAUGAAUGUCAGUCUGAGCCCUGUCAGAAUGGAGCCAUCUGUAAAGACGGGGUCAAUGCCUACCAGUGUUUCUGUGUGCCUGGAUUUCAGGGCUACCACUGUGAUUUGGACAUUAACGAGUGUGCCUCCCACCCCUGUCAAAACAACGGCACAUGUCUGGAUGAAGUGGACCACUACACAUGUGACUGUACCCCAGGCUUCAAAGGGUUUAACUGUGAGGUGGAGAUCGAUGAGUGUGAGGUGCACCCCUGCCAGAACGGCGCCACCUGUUGGGACCACAUCGCCGCAUACAGUUGUGAGUGCGUGGCCGGCUUCCAGGGCCAAGACUGCGAGGUCAACGUUGAUGAAUGUGCCAGCGUGCCCUGUCUGAACGGGGGCAAGUGCAUGGAUGGGGUCAACAGCUAUAAAUGUGACUGUGAGGGGACGGGCUUUGUGGGCGACCACUGUGAAGAUGAUAUUCCUGAAUGUGCUUCUGACCCCUGCAAACAUGGAGCCACCUGCUUGGAGGGAAUCAACCAGUACAAGUGCCUUUGCUGGCCAGGUUAUGAGGGAGAGAACUGCCAGGUGGAUAUAGAUGAGUGUGAGCAGCAUCCUUGUGAGAACGAUGGAGUGUGUUUCCAGCGAUCAGAUGCCAGGAACUAUGGGAUGCUGCCUGAACUCAGCAUAGCCACAUUUACAUAUGAAGAGGCAGCUGGCUUCAUCUGUGACUGUUUGCCAGGGUUCACCGGAGACAACUGCUCAAUCAAUGUGGACGAGUGUGAGUCUGCUCCAUGUCACCAUGGAGGACAAUGCCAGGAUAUGGUCAACUCUUAUCGAUGUGUGUGUCCAGACGGCUUCACAGGCGUGCACUGUGAGGUGGACAUCAACGAGUGUGAUAGCGCUCCCUGCCAGAAUGGCGCCACGUGCGAAGAUGCUGCCAACUCCUAUAGGUGUCACUGCCCGAUGCCAGAGCCUGGCCAGGAACCCUGGGGUGGGCAAGACUGUGAUGUCCGCCUGGUCGGCUGCCAACAUCACCAGUGUCAACACAAAGCAGGUUGUGACCCAAUGCUGACAGAUGAUGGAGAGCACAGCUACACCUGCCUGUGUCCAUCCGGCUGGACUGGAGAACGCUGCAACACCUCAACUACCUUCUCCUUCAACUCUGAGGGCUACAUUCACAUGCAGCUGCCUAUUUCUGCAAAUAGGACUAGGCCUGAGAUUGAUGACAAUAACCAUGGGAUCCACAUGCAGCUCAGAUUCAAAAGUACUCUGCCUGACAUGGUGCUGUACUACCGGGGCAUUAAGGAGCGCUUUUUCUCAUUGGAAAUUGUUAGUGGCUCCCUCCAGGCCAGGGUAAAGUCUGGGAAGGUGCUGCAGGCCAUUUACCCUGGCCCUGUCAAUGAUGGGGAAUGGCACCAGGUGUCUGUGACCAUGGAUGAGAGGCUGGUCAUGACUGUAAAAGGACUUGGCUGUGAGGAAGGGUGCCAGGUGAAGAAUGAAGGCCACAACCAUUUGAUCUUCCUCCGGCCCAGCUCCUUUCAGCAGCUCUAUGUAGGAGGAGCACCACAGGAAUACUUACGCCAUACUUCCAGUGGAAGGGGGUUCAUUGGCUGUAUGGAGGACCUUCAUGUUGACCAUAAGCUGCUUCUGCCUCAGGACCUCCUCAGAGAGGAGAACCACGGCCUGGAAAUGGGCUGCACCAAAAAAGACUGGUGUCAUAAAGACCCAUGCAUGGAGCGUGGGCAGUGUGUGGACAUGUGGGUUCGUGCCAGAUGUCAGUGUCACCGGCCCUACUACGGAGAAAGCUGCGAGGAAGAGUACCCAUCCUGGACCUUCGGCCAUGAGAACAUCACCAGCUACUCCACCUUCAAUAUCUCAGAAACCCAUGGAGACAACUUCACCAUUUCCUUUUUAAUGCGCUCUCUAAAACACAAUGGCCUAAUCCUGCAGCUCAGUCGAGAAGAAAAGCCCUACCUGACGAUCUAUCUGAAGGAAGGCACUGUUGCUAUCUACUGUCCUCACACCACACUGCUGUCAGAGGCAAAGUUUGUCACUGAUGGCAACAAUAAUUUAGUGACUAUCAAGGUACGCUAUGGCCAUGUGGUCUUCCCCAAAGCCGGGAACCAUCUUGCCUUAGGGAAUGUGAGUGUGGAGGCAGGGGAUGUAGUGUAUGUUGGGGGGCUCCCUUUGGACAAGAGCAUAAACAAUUGGGGUGGAAACUUCAAGGGCUGCCUGCAGGACAUUCGGCUGGACAACAAGUUUCUGACCAUUAAGGAUCAUCCAGAGAGCGUGGAGGUUUACCAGGCAAGCACAGAGGAGAAUGUGCUGCGAGGAUGUCAAAGUGAUGACACAUGCAAGGAUGAGCCCUGUUCCAACGGUGGACAGUGUCACGUCACCUGGAAUGACUUCAUCUGUAACUGUUCCAUUAACUACUCAGGCCGGCUGUGUGAGACACGUCUAUGGUGCAUCGAAAACCCUUGUUUUGAUGGACUGGCCUGUGUGGACCUACAGGAUGGUUAUGAGUGUUUAACUGAAGCUAUUUUCCAGGACAAUGCUCUCCGAUAUGUUGCCAACAGCUCCUUGCUGAGCCCUGUAACCAACAUCAUCAUGGACAUAAGAACUCGAGACGAGAACGGGAUCUUGUUGCGGGCCACCAGCAGAGCCGAAGUCUUCUGCGUGGGUCUACUCAACUCCUCUCUGCUGGUCAAGCUGGACAGCGGGGAGAGUACAGAGUUGCUGGCCUUCACAAGUGACAGGGUCAUUGCAGAUGGGAUGUGGCACCAUAUCCAACUGUCCAUGGUCGAUCCAACACAGUCAGCGUCCCGCUGGCGCCUAACCAUGGAUGGGCAAAGAGUGGGUGCCAGCUUUGGUGUUGGUGGUAACCUCAACUUCCUCAAUGAUACUGAAAUCUGGCUGGCAGAGAAAUACACUGGGUGCUUAGGGGAGGUGAGAGUGGGUGGAGUCUACCUGCCGCUUAUUAACGUACCAGAUGCCCCUCAGGUGAGCCGCUUCUCCAGACUGGGAGGCCAUGAGCCAAUCAUAGGAUGCCAAGGUGCACCAAUAUGUGAUUCCCAACCCUGCCUCAACCAGGGUGAGUGCCAGGACCAAUUUUUUGAGUUCAACUGCAGCUGCAGAGCUGGAUGGGAGGGGGAGCUUUGCGAGGUAGAUAUAAACGAAUGCGCUUCAGAUCCUUGCGUCCAUGGUACAUGCAAAGACCUCCUGGCAGACUACCAGUGUGACUGUAAGCCUGGAUACACAGGAAACGACUGUCAGGAGGAGGUGGAUAACUGUCUGGAGUUCAGUUGUGUGAAUGGAGGAACCUGCAGGGAAACAAUGGGAACUUACACAUGUUUCUGUCCGCCUGGCUAUGUCGGCAAGCGCUGCCAGUGGCGCUUCCCCCCAGUGGCAUGUGAUGCAUACACAGAAUGUCUUAAUGGAGGGGUUUGUAUAGGAGGCAGCUCUGGAGGAAACUGCACCUGCAAGCCUGGAUACACUGGAGCCAGGUGCGAGACAGAAAUAGACGAGUGCGAGUCCAACCCUUGUCUCAACGGGGCCACCUGUCUGGACAGACUCAACCACUUCCAGUGUGUGUGUGUGCUCGGCUUCAGCGGCACACUGUGUGAGAGCAAUAAAGAGGAGCUCAUGGAGCGAAUUCCCUGGCUUGCUGUGACCAUCCCUCUGAUCACACUGUGUAUGUUACUGGCCAUCCUGGUGGUAUUUUUCCUCAUCAUGACGGCCCGGAAGAAACGUCAGUCGGAGGGCACAUACAGCCCGAGCUCACAGGAAGUAGCCGGUGCCAGGCUGGAGAUGGGCAGCGUCCUCAAAGUUCCUCCAGAGGAGAGGCUCAUCUGAGUCCUGCAGCUCUGCCUCACAACUUCACAUCCAGGGGAUGUACUGUAUUUAUGUAAAGGGCCUAGAGAACAUGUGCUCUGCAUUGUGACACUGCUGAGCUCUCCUGCCCUAUACAGGAAAAAAAGAUAGAGGAUAAAGCAAUGACUGGUCCUCUGCCUGGGAAAACUACUGACCUUGAAGCCUGAGAGGUGGACAAGUAAAGACCAGAGGUGAGGGACAGACAUUUCUGAAGCUGUCCUGUUUCUGGGAGUGUGGUCAAAGCAUGAACUGGCCCUGGAUCUCCCCUUGUAAGUGUUGAUAACAAUCCCAAGCUUGGUUCGCAUGGGACCAAAGGCCUAUGAGGAGCAUAUGAACUGAAGGAAAGCCCCAAACCUGUGAGUACUGAGCAAUGUAUUCACUGAAACUGUCUCUGCAAAGCAAAACCUUUUUGGAACCGAAAACCUUCCUCUGCAGAUUCCACAUCUGACUCUGUUUUACAUGACGAGGGAAAGAGGAAUGUGGAGAGGGAGGAAAAUACACCUGAAACUAAUUCUGUCGAUAACAUUUUCAUCUGCAUGAAAAUAAAUUGCAAAUUAUUAUCAGGAGAGCCUUUGUUAACGGUCACACUCCUUGUAAUAGUAUUACAAGUAGUUAAUUUUAAGAAACUAAUUUGAAUUCUGGCUCCGUCUUGUUAAAAGUCCCUUGGUAAUGCUAACCCUGCGUUUGUUCUACUCUGAUGCCAUAAUGGGCUUUGCCACUUGAUUUUUAUGUCCCUGCAAAUUUGUAAUUUCAACUUUUUUCUCAGAGUUAAUUCAGUUGAAAUGAAAACAUAAUGCUUUUCUUUGCUGAAUCCUAAGUUAAAAUGCACACUGUUGUCUCGAUCACUGAUUCUUCUAUGGGAAGAUCUUACUCCUCCAGACUCCCCUGGCCUCUGUCCCUGCUUGUCUGAGCUCACUGUGAAUGAAAAGAUACAAAAAGUAAUGAACCUUCCUGAAUGUGCAGAUGGACAUCACUGCAGCUUCUGCAGGCUUCAAGUACUGCUGUGUUAAUAAUUGCUGUAUUAUAUUGUGUGUGCACUGUAUGGCUAACAGGUUAACCACUGUACCCAUUUUUGUUAGUGUCAAAGUAUGCUGUGAGUGUCUUGUGUUGCGUAGAACGAGUAGCUCAAGUUUAAGCCACUGUAUUUUCUUAUGUUUACUCUCUUCAACGGAAACAGUAUUUAAUUGUAGAAAUCUUGUUGCUGUGGUGAAAGGUGGUCACAUCAGUAUUAAUGGGCAUGAAUACUUUCAUGUUUCAGAUGCAAGAAAUUAAAAACAAGUUAAUUUAAAAUAACUAUUCAACACUUUUGGAAUUUUUUGGAAGUGUGAGAUAAGAAGACUCUAUUUCUGAAGGCACAUUAAGAUAGGCUAUCCUAGAUCACCUGGCCUUCCCUUGUUAAUAGUGAAAAAAUACACUAGUGUGAAAGUACAAUAUAGACUAUUUCUUGACACACAGCAGAUUGAUCCAGUAACUGUGUGUACUGCACAGUGAGGCUGUCAAGUUGAUUCUGUGUGGUGUGACACUCCUUAAAACCAGAUAUCUUUUUCUUACAUAUCUGAUGAAUAAACAGGUUAGAUAUACCUUGUGAACUUUACAGGUGCUUGCAGACAUAUAUAUUUUUUUAUUUGAGCCAGGACAGCAGUUCCCCUGCUCCCAGUCUUUAUGCUAAGUUUGGCUAACCUUAUCCUGACUCCGCUUCUCUUCUCAACACGCAGACUUGAGAUUGAUAUCCAUCUCCACAACUCACACUUGGAAACAACUAAAGUAAAAUCUACAAUCUUAUGGAACUUCUACCUACUUUCUAGCUUUGAACUAAUGCACUGAUGCUGAUCCGACUGCCUUUGACCGCAAUAGUAACUUAAAUAAUUCUUCAUUUGUUUAGUCUAUGAAUUCUCAAAGUUAGCCCUUAAAGUAUUUUGCAACUGUUACUCCAGAAAAUCCCACCACUCACCUGCCUUCCACUCUGAACUCACCAGGGCUGCUAACUGCUACAGUUAACCUGGAAGCUUUGACAGUUAAGGUGUUGAUGUGACAUGAAGUCAGACGGACACAUUGUACCAGCUGAAUGUUCCUGGAACAAGUUUAGAAACAGUUUGUUAAAGGAAAGUCACACGCAAGUGACAGAUAAACAUGAAUUAACACUGGUCAACACGACUGAAUGUAUCAUUAUUGUCAGUUUUAAGGGGUAAAAAAAUGAGUAUUUUGAUCAUCAUCUGUCAUAUUUACUGUGGGGUUUGCACUACUGACUUAUUUAUUACUUAACGUUUGUAUUGACUUUAUUUCAUGACUAAGUGCAACUGCCCUGAUGUUGCAUGUGGCAAAUGUAUGCAGCCAACAAUGUCCACAAACUGCAGUGUACUUUUUCGUUUGUUUUAUUGUCGAGGCCUCUCAAUGAAGAAAGAUUACUGAAUGGCAAAAUACAGCAUGGUAGUGUUGAUCAGGCCAGGUCCUUAAAGAAUUGGCUUCCACAGUUUGGUGUGGAAGAAGUUGACUAACCGACACAGAGCCCAAGCCCAACUCCAUCCUACCUGAGACUGGAUGACUGUGAGCCAGACCUUAUCAACCAACAUCAGGGAGACUUUGCUGAAAUGCUCUCUUGGCUAAACAGAAGCAAACCGCACAUGGUUUUGGAAUGGGAUAUUCAGGAGUAAGAUAUGGAUGGAAUGUUCCAGUGUCUAUACCUCUGGCCAUGAAGGUGUACAGAGUUUCAAUUCAUAUACAUGAUGCCAAAUCUACUGCAGGCCAUGAUUCACUCCCACACCUGCCGUUUCAGUUGAACAUAUUGCAGAAGGCAAUAUGGCUGUAAGUUUUUACAAGUUUCACUGUAAAAAUGUUUUUUAAAAAUCUGACCAAUACAAGCAUGGAGUUUAAAUGCACCAUUAUAAAAGUGGAUUAUUAUUCAUUUAUUGUAAACUCUCAAAACAGUCAAUGUGAAUCUAGAGAGACAGGCCUAUAUGUCAUAUUAGAGAAAUGCUUUCUAAUGUCUCCUACUUCCCCCAGUCAAAAUUCCAAAACUUCCUCCAUGUUAACUUGCUGGUUUGAUAAAUUGUAAUCUAUUUCCACGAUAGUGGAAAAGACAUGACUCCUUGCUAAUGGCAUUUCCAUGUGGAGUGACCAGCUCCGACUGCGUCCCGCUAACUGAACUAAAACAUGGUCUACCGGUGUAUAUUCCUCAUGAUCCCCAACUUCCUGAACCAGAGAUGCUGUCCCUGUUACAAACAAACAAAACUUCGUAUUAAGAAUCUGUAAUUCUGUAACUUGCUUAGUCUGAUUCCCAAAUUAUUUGAACACUAUUAAGGUAAAAAAGUUUCAUACUGUUGCUUUAAAGAUACAGUGUGUAGAAUUUAGUGAUAUCUAGUGUUGAAGUUGCAUGUUGCAGCUGAACACCCCUCACCUCACCCUCUCCUUCCAAACAUGAUAAAGAACCUGUGGUAGCUUCAGUUGUCAUAAA